UUUAAAUUAAACAUAUAUUCAUUUUUAAUCAUUUGGUUCAAACUCAAAACUUAACUCUGUUAAUUCUUAGCUGCAUUGUUUAAGCAUAGAAAAUGAUCGCUGAUUAAAAUCACAUUGAUAUUGAGUAAAAAAGUCCUUUUGAAAAAUGACAGAUCUCGGUUUUAAGCCGUAUGAAGCUUUGUCAUCACAGGGGCUAAGGAGGGUUUAUAUUAUUUUAAUUUGGGUGCUUUUUGGGCUAGUUUUGACUGGAAAUGCGCAAACGCCGUGCUCUAAUGGAGUUACCAUAAACGUGGGCGCUACGAUCGAGACGGGUUACAUAGUAUCGAAUAACUGGUUUGCAUCGCGUGGACAGACUGUAGGAAAAGCUGAAGAUUUUCCUAGCGGCAGUUUCCUUGGAACUGCUACCCAAUCCGAGCAGAGAAGCGCAGAGCCUGAAGAUUGCUCUUACGUCAUCCAGGCACCUCAAGGGUACCACGUGCAAGUUGCGUUGCUUGCUGUUGGCUUGGCAGAAGGCAGAAGUAUUCCAUGCGCGGACUUUAUCGAGUUGGUCGGCACUGGUGGGGGUCCAUCUUUCAAUGGAGAUGCACAAUACUGUUCUUCUGGACCAUGGAGACCUGACAUAACCAAUAACUUAGUAUUACAGUACACCGAUCCAAAUACUUAUUUGGUAGAUUCUGCAAGUAUCCUUGUUGCUCCAGCGGACGCGCCUGUGUUUUGCUCACAUGAUACGAAUGUUACGGUGAAUGUUUUCAACGCGGCUACCAACACGGACACUGCUUACAUUGGAUUCGUCGUAGCCUUCAGAGCCGUCAGAGGAAGAUACUGUGGACUGUGCAACACUAAUUCUACCACUGCUGGGGAGGAGAUUUGCCAGUUCAACUACUACAACUCAAUUGUGGAGGACAGUGCACCUAAAAACCUCACAGAACAGUGCACCCCCAACAUUCUCAAUUCAUUGGAUCAACCUGUAAAUGUGUCGUCGUGUUACGUCGACGGAACAGCGUCUAAUUAUGCAGUCUGCGAUCUGACUGACAGCGAAUGUCAACUGACGUGUAUAACAGAUGCAGCUGGAGAUGAUUGCAUUUUCCCAUUUAAUUUCGAGAAUUCAACAUUCAAUGGGUGUAUUGAAGGCGCAGUUGUAAACAGCACGAUUUUCAACGGGACUUCCGACUUCGUCUGUCCGACUGAAUUCAACUCGACGACCGGAGAGUUUUUCAACUACCAGUUGUGCGGAGACGUCGGUAGCACCUGCGCAAUCCAAGCGAUACCCGCUUGUUUCAGCAAUCCGUGCAAAAAUGGUGGAAUUUGUCAAGAGACGGGCACUAAUACCCUCGGUUACACUUGCGACUGCUCAACGGCAACAGACUUUUUGGGAUUCAAUUGUACUGCCGACGAUCCAUGCUUGCCAGAUCCAUGCAAUGGAGGUACGUGCUCUGUCACUGGAAAUGACGCAAAUGGUUUUACGUAUCAAUGCGUUUGCAGCACUGUCGCAGACGGAAUUGGCCAAAACUGUUCGACCGACAAUCCCUGUGUUCCAGACCCAUGCAACGGUGGAAGUUGCUCAGUGAGUGGGAAUGAUGCUGACGGAUAUACUUCUUCAUGCGACUGCGCUAAUGUAGUAGACAGAAUUGGAGAAACAUGUUCACAAGACAACCCCUGUGAACCGAACCCAUGCAAUAAUGGUGGCGGCGGCACAUGUCAAAUCAGCGGCGUUGAUCCCAAUUUUUUGUUCACUUGUGAUUGUUUGACCACCGAUUUUACUGGAGCGGUCUGCCAGGAUAACCCAUGUGACCCUGAUCCAUGCAACGGUGGAAGUUGCUCAGUGAGUGGGAAUGAUGCUGACGGAUAUACUUUUUCAUGCGACUGCGCUAAUGUAGUAGACGGAAUUGGCCAAAACUGUUCGACCGACAAUCCCUGUGUUCCAGACCCAUGCAACGGUGGAAGUUGCUCAGUGAGUGGGAACGAUACUGUUGGAUAUAGUUUUUCAUGCGACUGCGCUAAUGUAAUAGACGGAAUUGGAUUUACUUGUUCACAAGACAACCCCUGUGAACCGAACCCAUGCAAUAAUGGUGGCGGCGGCACAUGUCAAAUCAGCGGCGUUGAUCCCAAUUUUUUGUUCACUUGUGAUUGUUUGACCACCGAUUUUACUGGAGCGGUCUGCCAGGAUAACCCAUGUGACCCUGAUCCAUGCAACGGUGGAAGUUGCUCAGUGAGUGGGAAUGAUGCUGACGGAUAUACUUUUUCAUGCGACUGCGCUAAUGUAGUAGACGGAAUUGGCCAAAACUGUUCGACCGACAAUCCCUGUGUUCCAGACCCAUGCAACGGUGGAAGUUGCUCAGUGAGUGGGAACGAUACUGUUGGAUAUAGUUUUUCAUGCGACUGCGCUAAUGUAAUAGACGGAAUUGGAUUAACUUGUUCACAAGACAACCCCUGUGAACCGAACCCAUGCAAUAAUGGUGGCGGCGGCACAUGUCAAAUCAGCGGCGUUGAUCCCAAUUUUUUGUUCACUUGUGAUUGUUUGACCACCGAUUUUACUGGAGCGGUCUGCCAGGAUAACCCAUGUGACCCUGAUCCAUGCAACGGUGGAAGUUGCUCAGUGAGUGGGAAUGAUGCUGACGGAUAUACUUUUUCAUGCGACUGCGCUAAUGUAGUAGACGGAAUUGGCCAAAACUGUUCGACCGACAAUCCCUGUGUUCCAGACCCAUGCAACGGUGGAAGUUGCUCAGUGAGUGGGAACGAUACUGUUGGAUAUAGUUUUUCAUGCGACUGCGCUAAUGUAAUAGACGGAAUUGGAUUUACUUGUUCACAAGACAACCCCUGUGAACCGAACCCAUGCAAUAAUGGUGGCGGCGGCACAUGUCAAAUCAGCGGCGUUGAUCCCAAUUUUUUGUUCACUUGUGAUUGUUUGACCACCGAUUUUACUGGAGCGGUCUGCCAGGAUAACCCAUGUGACCCUGAUCCAUGCAACGGUGGAAGUUGCUCAGUGAGUGGGAAUGAUGCUGACGGAUAUACUUUUUCAUGCGACUGCGCUAAUGUAGUAGACGGAAUUGGCCAAAACUGUUCGACCGACAAUUCCUGUGUUCCAGACCCAUGCAACGGUGGAAGUUGCUCAGUGAGUGGGAACGAUAGUGUUGGAUAUAGUUUUUCAUGCGACUGCGCUAAUGUAAUAGACGGAAUUGGAUUAACUUGUUCACAAGACAACCCCUGUGAACCGAACCCAUGCAAUAAUGGUGGCGGCGGCACAUGUCAAAUCAGCGGCGUUGAUCCCAAUUUUUUGUUCACUUGUGAUUGUUUGACCACCGAUUUUACUGGAGCGGUCUGCCAGGAUAACCCAUGUGACCCUGAUCCAUGCAACGGUGGAAGUUGCUCAGUGAGUGGGAAUGAUGCUGACGGAUAUACUUUUUCAUGCGACUGCGCUAAUGUAGUAGACGGAAUUGGCCAAAACUGUUCGACCGACAAUCCCUGUGUUCCAGACCCAUGCAACGGUGGAAGUUGCUCAGUGAGUGGGAACGAUACUGUUGGAUAUAGUUUUUCAUGCGACUGCGCUAAUGUAAUAGACGGAAUUGGAUUUACUUGUUCACAAGACAACCCCUGUGAACCGAACCCAUGCAAUAAUGGUGGCGGCGGCACAUGUCAAAUCAGCGGCGUUGAUCCCAAUUUUUUGUUCACUUGUGAUUGUUUGACCACCGAUUUUACUGGAGCGGUCUGCCAGGAUAACCCAUGUGACCCUGAUCCAUGCAACGGUGGAAGUUGCUCAGUGAGUGGGAAUGAUGCUGACGGAUAUACUUUUUCAUGCGACUGCGCUAAUGUAGUAGACGGAAUUGGCCAAAACUGUUCGACCGACAAUUCCUGUGUUCCAGACCCAUGCAACGGUGGAAGUUGCUCAGUGAGUGGGAACGAUACUGUUGGAUAUAGUUUUUCAUGCGACUGCGCUAAUGUAAUAGACGGAAUUGGAUUAACUUGUUCACAAGACAACCCCUGUGAACCGAACCCAUGCAAUAAUGGUGGCGGCGGCACAUGUCAAAUCAGCGGCGUUGAUCCCAAUUUUUUGUUCACUUGUGAUUGUUUGACCACCGAUUUUACUGGAGCGGUCUGCCAGGAUAACCCAUGUGACCCUGAUCCAUGCAACGGUGGAAGUUGCUCAGUGAGUGGGAAUGAUGCUGACGGAUAUACUUUUUCAUGCGACUGCGCUAAUGUAGUAGACGGAAUUGGCCAAAACUGUUCGACCGACAAUCCCUGUGUUCCAGACCCAUGCAACGGUGGAAGUUGCUCAGGGAGUGGGAACGAUACUGUUGGAUAUAGUUUUUCAUGCGACUGCGCUAAUGUAAUAGACGGAAUUGGAUUUACUUGUUCACAAGACAACCCCUGUGAACCGAACCCAUGCAAUAAUGGUGGCGGCGGCACAUGUCAAAUCAGCGGCGUUGAUCCCAGUUUUUUGUUCACUUGUGAUUGUUUGACCACCGAUUUUACUGGAGCGGUCUGCCAGGAUAACCCAUGUGACCCUGAUCCAUGCAACGGUGGAAGUUGCUCAGUGAGUGGGAAUGAUGCUGACGGAUAUACUUUUUCAUGCGACUGCGCUAAUGUAGUAGACGGAAUUGGCCAAAACUGUUCGACCGACAAUUCCUGUGUUCCAGACCCAUGCAACGGUGGAAGUUGCUCAGUGAGUGGGAACGAUACUGUUGGAUAUAGUUUUUCAUGCGACUGCGCUAAUGUAAUAGACGGAAUUGGAUUAACUUGUUCACAAGACAACCCCUGUGAACCGAACCCAUGCAAUAAUGGUGGCGGCGGCACAUGUCAAAUCAGCGGCGUUGAUCCCAAUUUUUUGUUCACUUGUGGUUGUUUGACCACCGAUUUUACUGGAGCGGUCUGCCAGGAUAACCCAUGUGACCCUGAUCCAUGCAACGGUGGAAGUUGCUCAGUGAGUGGGAAUGAUGCUGACGGAUAUACUUUUUCAUGCGACUGCGCUAAUGUAGUAGACGGAAUUGGCCAAAACUGUUCGACCGACAAUUCCUGUGUUCCAGACCCAUGCAACGGUGGAAGUUGCUCAGUGAGUGGGAACGAUACUGUUGGAUAUAGUUUUUCAUGCGACUGCGCUAAUGUAAUAGACGGAAUUGGAUUAACUUGUUCACAAGACAACCCCUGUGAACCGAACCCAUGCAAUAAUGGUGGCGGCGGCACAUGUCAAAUCAGCGGCGUUGAUCCCAAUUUUUUGUUCACUUGUGAUUGUUUGACCACCGAUUUUACUGGAGCGGUCUGCCAGGAUAACCCAUGUGACCCUGAUCCAUGCAACGGUGGAAGUUGCUCAGUGAGUGGGAAUGAUGCUGACGGAUAUACUUUUUCAUGCGACUGCGCUAAUGUAGUAGACGGAAUUGGCCAAAACUGUUCGACCGACAAUCCCUGUGUUCCAGACCCAUGCAACGGUGGAAGUUGCUCAGUGAGUGGGAACGAUACUGUUGGAUAUAGUUUUUCAUGCGACUGCGCUAAUGUAAUAGACGGAAUUGGAUUAACUUGUUCACAAGACAACCCCUGUAAACCGAACCCAUGCAAUAAUGGUGGCGGCGGCACAUGUCAAAUCAGCGGCGUUGAUCCCAAUUUUUUGUUCACUUGUGAUUGUUUGACCACCGAUUUUACUGGAGCGGUCUGCCAGGAUAACCCAUGUGACCCUGAUCCAUGCAACGGUGGAAGUUGCUCAGUGAGUGGGAAUGAUGCUGACGGAUAUACUUUUUCAUGCGACUGCGCUAAUGUAGUAGACGGAAUUGGCCAAAACUGUUCGACCGACAAUUCCUGUGUUCCAGACCCAUGCAACGGUGGAAGUUGCUCAGUGAGUGGGAACGAUACUGAGGGAUAUACUUUUUCAUGCGACUGUCUUAAUGUAGUAGACAGAAUUGGACAAUUAUGUUCUGUAGAUGAUCCAUGUGUUCCCAAUCCUUGUAAUGGCGGCACAUGCACAGUAUCGGGAUCAGAUCCAAAUUUUGAUGCAAUCUGCAGUGGUUGCCCGGCAGGGUUCAGUGGAGACAGAUGCCAAAUUCCCGACGACCCAUGCGACGAAAACAGUUGUGAAAACGGUGGUCUAUGUUCUUUCGCUGGCGUACUUGGGGAGUUCACAUGCAGUUGUCCGUCGCCCUGGCUCGGAGCUAGAUGCACUAUCAAAGACGAAUGCGCUGCUGAGCAACCCUGCAUGAACGAUGGAAUGUGCUUCACCAGAUCAAACGGGUCUUACUUCUGCGAAUGUGUGAACAACUGGGCGGGGGCAAACUGUACUCAACAUCCGAACAUCGGAGUCUCCUGUGGAACGUCAAGUAUGCUCAUAACUCUGGAAAAAGCUGUGUUCGACCAACUUCUGGCACCCACGGAAACCCUGCACGUGAUAGACCCAGCUUGUACUUUCAACGAGAACGAAACCACAUACUACCGCGAGGUCACCUAUCAGACGUGUUCAACGGCCAUGUUCAUGGAGACAGCUGCCAAUGUACAAUUCUGCCAGCAGGUCAAAGCCAGCACCACCGGGGGUCAAUACUUAAGCGGGGUCACUGCAGUGCUACUGUGUGAGUUGAUGGCUGUCAACGCAGAGGUAGUCUCCUUCAACCCCUCAAUUCAGUCCAACGAACUCGAUGCCCAAUUCAGGGUCGACGUUUUCCCUCUUCAAAUGAGAAGCUACAAUGCAUCUGCUACUAUGCCCAAUUUUGCAGUUCUGGGUUCGACUGUUGAGGUGGAGACUAACGCCCCAGUGUAUAUGUCCAUCUUCACUGACGCUUUCCACCAGGACACGACCCUCAUUCUGGAGGGAUGCUUCGCCACCAAUGAUGAGUCAUUCACCAGCCAAGAGCGAUACACGCUACUUCAGAAUUUCUGUCCCAUUGAUGAGACGUUUGAAGUGACACGAGCGACAGAUAAAGAAGUGUUCUUCCAGUUCCUCUCAUUCCGAUUCGUAGAUGUAGACAACGUCAACAACCCCAACUACGAGACCACUGUCUACAUCCACUGCUCUGCCUACCUGUGCCAGAACGGAGAGCCAGAUUGCACCAACACGACUGAACUGUGCGACUCGUCGACUUCGAACCAGCGCCACAAACGAUCGAGACGACAUAUUUCCAAUGGACCGACAGUGGAAAAGUCGCGAACACUCGUCGCGUCAUUCGGACCGGUUAAGACGAAAGCCUUCACCGAGUCUCAAAUAGUUCGCGACAACCCGAGAAGUGCAUUCGGAGCGAAUUUCGACUUGGCGAUGAAAGUUUACAGAUAUUACCUAACGGAUAAUCUUUUGUAUGUGUUGGCAUUCAUGACUGUUUUUAUACUACUUAUUACCUUCCUAACUCAUUACAUUAAUAGUGCUGCGAUAAUAUUCGGGGGCGCUGGCCCGAACCCAGAAACGGCUUAGAUUUUGUACUCUAUUCGGAAAUUAUUACGAACAUUCACAAUAUGAGAAUCAUUUAGUUUUGCGUUAAUUUGAUUGAAAUUUUUGUAAAGUGUAAAAAGUCA